AUGGGCUAUCAACAGGAAGCCGAGCAGGAUUGCCAUUCAAAUCGGGUCAAUGCGCAGUCAGCAAGGAUAUCAUUUUUGUGAGUAAAUCGCUGAGAAAAUAUGCAAUUUUUGAGAGAUUCUUUGGCCAAAAUAGCAGUUUAUUUUUUUAAAACGUAUUCUACAACUGUCUUAGACCUUAACUUGAAGUUUUAACUGACGUUUGAUAGAAUUUUUAUAUUGUACUAGACAUCCGAUAAAAAUUGGUCUAGAAAUUCCGAAAAUUGUAGGUUUUAUCAAUUCUUUUUUUUGUAAAAUACGUCAGGUGGGCGUACAUUUGCUGUUAUGGUCAAUAAAAUUUAUUUAGCUCAUCAAAAAUUUUAGAUUUUACCGUGUUUAUCUAAACUGUUACCUAAAAUUUAAAUUUUACACUUUUUUGGUUUCAAUAUCUAAAAUCAGUUUUGUUUCAGUGAAGAAUGGAAGUACUUGUUCAGGAACGCAGAAUUAGAUGCAGACACGCUCAGGAAUCAUUGUUUUGCCGGCCAUCUCAGGGAUUCCAAUCUUCGUUCCGUGGUUUGGCGGGUAUGGAUAUUUUGAGUUUUUAUGGGGAAUAUAAACUGAACGAGGUUUUUUUUUUAACUGAUAGAAGAUGGCACGAACCUUUGCGUAUUUUACAAUGUAAAAAUGAAUUUUUGAAUUUUUUUUUUUUUUUUUUUUUUUUUUUUGAGAUUUUUUCGCCCUUUUUUUUGCUACUGUUUUAAAAAUUGUUUUUUUUUAUUUUUUAAAAUUCGUUUUUUUUUUUAUUUUUAAAAAUAAAUUUUCUUAUUUUUCAAAAAAAAUUUUUUUUCAGGUAUUACUAAAAGUGCUUCCCUACGAACGUCUAGAAUGGCGGAGGAUCCUGGCUGAUCGCCGCCGUGAUUACAGCGAACUGAAACGCAGAUUGAAUACAAAUCCCCGUGCCGAAAAGUUCGGAGACGACCCGAAUUUGAACAACCCGCUCUCCCAAAAAGAUGAGGUAUGCUGAUUUUUUUAAAUUUUUUGUUCGUAUAUUUGCAUAGAAAAUGAAAUAUUGACAGCAUGUAUAAGUUUGUAUUUUACAAUGAUUUUUUUUUUGACUAAAAAAAUUAUAAAAUAUGAUUGUAGAACCCGUGGAACCAAUUUUUCAUCGAUGAAGGCCUCAGGGAUUCGAUUCGAAAGGAUGUCGAUCGAACGUAAGUUGUAUUUUGGUUGAUUGAGAAGAUUUAUAAGGAUUUUUUGAAGUUUGGCAGCGAUUUUAUUUGAAAAAGGCUGAAUUUUUCUUCUAUUUUUUGGGGCAUUUUCAACAUUUUUUUAGAUUUUUUUUAUUUAUAAAAUUUUUGCGUUUAAAAAAGAUUCAAAAAGAAAGAAUAUGAUAGAAAUACAUCUUUCUUAGUAAUUUCUCUCGAUUUUCUUAUAAAGGAUAACUGCGAGAUUCCGUAUUUUACCCCGAUUUUUUCUAAUUAUCCAAAAAUUUUUAAAUAUUUUUAGAUUUGUUAGAAAUUUUCAAUAUAAAAAUUGCGGAAAAAUAUGGGUUUUUUCAAUGCUCAAGGGUUGUGUGUCCUAAUUAAUUGAAUUCCAGCUUCCCAGAGCUUCAAUUUUUCCAAAGCCAGACCACCAAAAGGAUAAUGUCCGAUAUUUUAUUUGUUUACUCCAAACAGAACUCUCACAUCUCGUAUCGACAGGUAAUUUUCAUUUUAAUAGAACUGCUAAGUUCUAAAAUUAUUAUAUUUAUUGAUUUUGAUCCUUAUUUUUCCCAAAAUUUUUUAAUUUUUUUUUAUAUUAUUUUAGGGGAUGCACGAGAUUUUGGCCCCAAUUUUGUUCGUCAUUUACUUUGAUCACAGGUCCUUUGAACAUUUGAAUGAGCAAAACGCCUUGGGGUAAGAUUUUUAGACGACAUUUGAUCGAUUUUUUAACCAAAAAUUAUAUUGUACUUGGUAGUGACAUUAAAAAAAAUUUUUCCAGCGGCUUCACGGACUUCGAAUUAGACACUCUGAGUUGCGUAAAUGACCCAGACUACCUCGAACACGAUGCCUACACGUUAUUCCAGCAGGUUAUGUUCUUGCUGGAAGGGUUUUAUGCCAAUACUGAUUUGGAGGAAGAUUGUGAUAUGGAAACGGGAAGAAAGGAGAAUUUGGUGCCGUUUCAGGGGUAAGUGAGACGGCUGGAGCGUAUUUUAAGACUUCAUUGGACUUUUUCUGGGGAUUUUUGGGGUUUUUUGAAGGAAUUUAGUGGUUUAGGUAGGGCGCAGGCUGCGGAAAAUGUAAACUUGAGAAAAUACGGAAAUUAUUUUUUUAUGGAAAUUAUGACGUGUUGUUAGGGAUGAUACAUCUUUUAUUUAGCCAAUUAUGACGGUAGAAGCGGGUUUUUUUCAGGUUUCUCGGGCGCAGCUCGCCAAACACGAAAUUUUUAGUUUGUCCAUUAAAAACUGGAUUUUUUUCUGUAUUAUUUCUGAUAUUAUAUUAGCUUUAUUAAUACGUAUUUUAAAACUUUUGCUAACGUAGGACGCAGCUCGCCGACAAAAAAAUUAAAAUUUUUGCGAUUUUCAUAAAAUCUUUUGGAAUUUUUAGCCCGGACUGUCCUCACAUGCACUCCCAGCUGCUGAAGCGGCUCACACAAAUCCAUGAAGAGCUCUUACCUCAGGUCGAUUCACUUUUAUACAGGCAUCUCCACUCAUUGGACAUCUCUCCGCAGUUGUAUGGAAUGUAAGUUAAUAAAACUAAAAAAAAGUAUAAUACAGGGUUUUUGUGGGGGUGAAAUUGAUUUUAGAAAGCGUUUUAUAUGUUUUAAUGCUGUUUGAUUUUGUUUUUCGAUUGAUUUUGAACCAAAAUUUUGCGAUUUUUAGUGAUUUUUUAGUGAUUUUUUGCCUUUCAGUCGUUGGCUCCGCCUACUUUUUGGCCGAGAAUUCCCGUUGCACGAUUUGCUGUACCUCUGGGACGUUCUUUUCGCUGACUCACCAAUCCUCGGACUCUGUGAACAAGUAUUUCUGGCACUAUUAGUGCAAAUCCGACAUUUGUGUAAGGUUUUUUUGUAUUUUUUUGCGAUUUUUAGAGAUUUUUAUUCAUUUUUAAAAAUUUUAUGGAUAAAAUUCUCGUAUUUUAAAAAGAAUGAUGUUUGUUGAGACCCCUUUUUACAUUUGCAACACGAAUUUAUGACGCGACGCACAUAACGGACCAAUAAUUUAUCCAUUAUUCAUAUCAGCCAGCCAAGUGUAAUAUAUCCGAAUUGAAUUUGCUGUCAAUUUCAGUGCUCUGUGGAGAUUAUUCGUCCACUCUGCAAUACUUGAUGCGCUACCCGCCCACCGCCGACAUCCACAUCUUCGUUCAGCUGGUCCUCCAUUUGAAGGAACCCAAGGUAGGGGUUUGGAGCAAUUUUUGGAUUUAUUUUAUUGGUUUGAGGACUGUAGGACUUAUUUUUGACAUUUUUUAGUUAGAUGGGAGAUUUUGGAGGGGAUUGGGGGGAGAAAAUUUUUGAAAAAUUCGAAAAUUUUUUAUAUUAUUUUAUUAGAUAAUUUUUGAUGAUUUGAAGGUGAUUUUGGUAAAUUUUUGGGGUUGUUGCGAUAUUUCUAGGCAAAUAGAGGGCUAUUUGUUAUUUGAGAGCUAAAAUUUUGAGUAUAUCAGAAGUUUCGACCUUAUUUUAGACGAUUUUUUACCUAAAAUAAGGUCCAAGCUGAUUCAAAAUGUCUUUUGAUUAGGGUAAUUGAAUGUUAAAAGUAAUUACUAUGGUCCUGCAAUAAGUUUUAAAAAAAAUGUUUUUGAUUUUCACCGAUUUUUAUUAGAAAAAUUAGAAAAAAAAGAUUUUAAAACAAAAAAUUUUCGAAAAUUUUUUUUUCAGAAACACCCAAAGCCCAAGAACCUCUCCCUGUAUUCGCAUAUGACGCUUGCUGGCAAAGCUCAUCCGAACCAAGACCGUUCCGUUUAUCGCUUCACGAAUGGGUUCAACGGCGUCAGCAAACCGAAGAUGAGAGCCAAUCAAGUCUUGAGUAAAUUAGGUAUGGUUUGAGGGAAAAAAUGGAGAAAAACAGUGAGAAAUGGUCGAGAUAGACUCGGAGGAGUGUAGUUUAGAUAGAGACAGUCAAGUUUCGAUAUAGGGAAGUGAGAAAUUAAAAGUUUUAAAAAAAUUUUAGGAAAAAGUCGAGAAUUUUUCAGUUUUUGAGGAAAAAAUGUAAAUUUACUGUGUUUUAAUACGAAAAUUAGGUGUUAGAUUUGAAGAGAAGAGCAGUGAGGGUCUAUAGAUUUAAUUUUGUGGCCAUACCGGUAUUUUGGAAUUAAGAAAUUUUGAAAAAAUCUCAAAAAUCGACCUUAUUUUAGUUUUUUGGUCAAAAAAGUUGGUUUGAUAGAGUUUUUACCCAUUUUUUGCUCUGAAAUUUUAAAAAUAGACUACCAAGAGUAUGUAAAUGAAUUUUCAGCCCGUCCCGCCCUCUCGGCCAACUCCACGCCCCUGUUGAAACGCCCCGAGAAUGGGCUGGAAGCGGAAAUGGUACCCUUGAAAAUCGCGGUCCCAAUGGACACGGUGAGAAUUUCCACCCAAUGCGUGUAGUGCCUCACCCCACCGUCUCCCCCAAAUAGUUGUUAUAGUAGAUGAUUGUUGUGAAGUCAAGUUGUUAUUGCCGGUUUGUUGAUUUUUGAGAGUUAUUAGGAAUUUUGAUGUAAGACAAGGUUGAAAUGGUGGAAAAAGUGGUAAAAAUGAGAUUUUAAGGAGGCAUAUUACUAGUGGAAUAUUUUUAAAUUAAAUUUUAGACCUAUUCUUUACCUUAUUUUAGGUAUUUUUUAGAUAUAAAAGUCGAUUUUUGGAUAUUUUUUGAAAUUAGCAUGAAAUUUAUUACCUAAAAUUAAGCGAAAAAUUAAUUUUAGAUGUUUUCUGACUAUUUCCGCUUUGUUUACAUCAAAUUUUGUCUGUCUCAUACCUAGUACAAUAUAAUUUUUUUUUAUUUUUUAGCGAUUUCUUUGUAUAUUCGUUUCCAAAAUGAGGAUUUGGGUGUAAAAACGAAAUUUAUAGCAUUUGAAGUUUUGGCAUUAUCAUAUUUUACCCAAAAAUUACAUAAAUUUUAAACUUUACACCCAAAUUCGCCGAUCUUUGCCAAAAUUUCCAAUUUCUUAGCCGAAUUUUAAAUUAAGCCCAGUAAUUUAAUAGAAUUCUCUCGAUUGUUUUGAAUUUCCCAUUGUUUACAGCCAGCCGUUUUUAAUAUAGUAUUUAUGAGUUUUGCCGCUUUUUUUCACCCCCGAAUUUCCCCCCGUUUUCCGCAAAUUUUUGUUUUCUCUCCACUGUAAUUAUGUUGUUUUUUCAAAAACAUUAAAUAUUUCCUCCCCCCUUUAAUUCCAUCCCCACUGUGUUUUGUCGCCCAGAAAAAGACCUUCUCCUAAUUUUGAAAGGCUUUUUGGAAGGUUCAAGAAGCCCGAAUUCCGACUUUUUUGAGAUAAAAUUAGCGAAAAUGAAGGUUUCUUAAACUUUUUUAAAGUUUCUUUUGAUGAAAGAUGCAUUGAUGCUAAUUUAAUUAGCAAAUAAUUGAGUUUGCCAUGGCAGAAAGGAGCCGUCUGAGCUGAAAUUUGGCUUAGGAGGGUUAAAAGUUGAGGCCAAAAUGGGAUUUUUAAAAAAAAUUUUGAAAUUUGGUUUAAAAAAAUUUUGAAAAAAUUUGAUCAAUUCGAUUUUGAAGUCAAAAAUACAAUAUUUUUAUAAAAAUUCAACGUUUUCCUGCCGAAACUCGCCAAGAAACAGCAAAAAACAAAAUUUUUCUCUGACCGACUCUCCUCGUUUUGCGUGCUCUCUCGAAAAAUGGCAAUAUCUCGACUGCGAAUGCAGAAAAAAACUAAAAGUUUCGGGCAUUGAUAUAUGGAAUUAAUAAGCUUUUUGUAGGGCAAUAUUUGGCCCUCUUUUUUGCGGUUAUUAUAUUAGAAUAGGCGAAAAACUCAAAUAUUUUUUGAGGGAAAAUGACGAAAAACAAAAUUUGAGUGUACAAGACAUGAUGACAACACAAAAUUUGAGCAGAAUUAGGUAAAAUACGUCAUUGAAAACAAUCUAAAAGUUUUGGGAGAUUGAUAUAUGGAGUUUUAGAGUCUGUGGGCCAAAUUUGAAAAGAAUCGAGGGGUCAAAUUUUUCAUCCUUUUUUGCCUAGUACGAUAUAAAAAUUUGGGUAAAAAACUUUUUUUAAAGGAAAUACGUCAUAUUUUUUAUCCAUUUCUACUCAAAUUUUGAGUUCAUACGACGUAUUUUCUUUAAAGAAAGAUUUUUUAAUCGAAUUUUUAUAUUGUUCUAGGCAAAAAAGGAUGACAAAUUUGACCCUUCGAUUCUUUUCAAGUUUACCCCAUAGACUCUAAAUUGGCCAUACAUCAAUGCCUGAAGCUUUUUGAUUGUUUUUGGUGACGUAUUUUACCCAAUUCUGCUCAAAUUUUGGGUUGCCAUCAUGUUUUGUACACCCAAACUUUGUUAUUCGUCAUUUUUCCUCUAAAAAAUAUUCGAGUUUUUCGCCUAUUCUAAUAUAAUAACCGCAAAAAAAGGAGGGCCGAAUAUUGCCCUACAAAAAGCUUAUUAAUUCCUCUUCUUCUCCGCACCGUUCUUCAUAUCCGUUGACGUCCGGGAUGACGUCGAUUUUCCCCUCAAAAACAGGUCCAUUAUCCUCUUUUUUUUCGUUCGUUCCUUUUCGGGAUCUUGCAAUGGAAUUAAGACUCUUUUCUUUAUUCUAAUUUUAUGAAGAGAGCCCUGGCAUGUGAUCAUUUUUUGCGGUUUGACCAAAAAUCUGUUUUUUUUUGGAAAGGAAAAAGAUUAUGGUUUCCAAAUACUAAGCUGUUUGCAAAGUGGCUGAAGUGAUUUCUGCGAUAUAGACUGUGAGAAAAAAGUUCAAUUUGCACUAUGGAAUUUACGGCUUUUUGCACCGGGCAAAUGGCCUUUUGGGCUGUCGCUCGCACCCGGACUUUUUUUCUGCAUAGCACAGCAUUCCGAGCAUUUUUCGCCGCCGAUUGGUGUUCAAAAAAAUGAAAAAAUAAAAAGUGGUUAUCACGUUUUUAUACGUGUACGGCUAACCAGAAGAUAUACCGGCAAAAAAAUCCGUAUGAAUAACCAAUUUCCUUUCAGAAUAUAUAAAUUUUGUCACCGGAAUGCUCGCUACCGUUGAGAAAAUCGGCACUGAAAAAACCGAAAUUACGACUAUCAGUCUGCCCUGAAAAUAUUGAGCAAUGUCGCUGCGCCAAUCGCGGAGGUGAAAAGCCAUUUGAUUUUACUGUGACACAAUUAACUUUUUUCGGCGAGACGCGAUUGCGACAGAGCUCAUUAUUUUCCCGAUCCAAACCAUAAGGCUUGACUUACCGUAGAUUUUUUGUGCUGUCGCUUUCAACCUAACUUUUUCCGCACAGUUCAGAUCAAAAAUCACUCCAGUCAGUUCACGGUAGGUAUCAGCCUGUCGGGAAAAUAAUGAGUACGCUGUGGCUUCGAGGAUCGCAUCGUCGCCGAGAAAAUGAAUUGUAUCGCGGAAAAAUAAAAUUGCUUUUCACUUCAGCGACGCGAUUUUUGAUGCGACGUGGCGCGCAUUAUUUUCCCGACAGACUCAUAGGAAAUCGGAAGAUAAGAAGUUUUUUGAGAUGUCGUUUACGCCCUGACCUUUUCUGGACAGCGCAAGCUCCAAAGAUCACCGCAGCGACUUGGUGAACGGUCUAGUAAGGUACUCUAAAUACGAUCCUUAGAAUUUUAUAAUAUUGUAUCUAAUUUGGUACAAAUUUAGACGAAGUUUUUUUGUAAGUUUAUUAACUGACAAGGCAAGUUAAAAAUCUCGCCUUGUUCUUCUAAGUAUCCAACCAAAUUUUUGCGCUCAAUAUCAUAAAGAUAUGAGCGUCAAACAUUGAACACUUCCCUGUUAGGAAAUCCAAUUCAAAAUCCUUGCCUAUCGUCAUCACCUUUGCUUUUACGCUUUGAUUUCAUUAGCCAGUGUGUAAAAAACGUUAUGAAUAAAGACUCCUUUGCACCCGGCUUCCAUUGCACGACUUUAAUCAAAUUAAACAACUUUCGCUUUAAUUAACACCCGAGUCCGUCCUCUCUUCUCUCUCGCGGGUUUAAAUCUCGCAGAUUCUGAUUAUUUUUUCAGAUGUAAACAUGUUUUAAUUUUAAUGUCACUGCCUUUGAGAAGGGGGGCUUUCGUGUUUUGUGGGCUGCUAAUUUGGAAUAUGGUACGUGUAAUGUAAAUACGAAGGGGAGGAGGGCGUUCCGAAGCGCUGUAAAAGCGGCGGUAGGGAGAAUAACAAGGUUUAUGAGUUGAAAUUGCGAUAAAAAUUUUAUUUUUGGGGAAGAAUAAUGAAAAUCUUGACGCUACGACUUUUUUGGGCCAGCGAUGCUUUGCGUUGCAAUUAUUCGUCAUUUCAUGCAUGAAGAAGGUUAGAAGAAGGCAUAGUUCAUAGAAAUAAUAAGUCUGUUCAGGUCCUAGGAUAGUUUAUCAUCUAUUUUGAAGCACUUUAGAUGUAUUACUACAAUUAGAUCCAGAAAAAAACUUACGGCUCUUCGUAUCUUGGAGCAAGUUUUGAUCUGCUAUGUGCUACAACAGCUCAAGGUCAAGAAAACUGUGGUUAAAAAUAGCUAAAGUUAGUGGCACUGUGAGUCUUCGCCGAGCAUUCAACGGCUUUCCCAGGCCUCGUAGGCAUCUCCUACAACCCUUUUUUGUAGUUUUUCUUCAUACACUACCUAGGGCUCCAACAUCCACUAGGUCACCAGUAAGGAUCGAUCUGCGAAAAAUGUGACAUAAAAGUUGAUCGUAGUCUUCGUCAAGUCUCCGCCGAGCAUCCGCGCAGCAUCCUUCGGCUUUUCCAGGCUUCUUAUACACCUCCUACAACCUUUUUUUGGGGUCUCCGCCUGCCCUACGCCUCGUAUCGGUCGAUCUUAUUAUGUUGACCCGAGCUGUUAUCGACUCGAAAAGUCCGAGCGCAAAAAUUCAAAAAUUUUGCUUUGCCACUUGUGUCAUGCAUCUCUGUGUGAAAAAUUCACCUCGAGCUCCUAAACGUAUGUUGAAGAAAAGCUAAUUUGAUUAGCAUCAAAAUUAAACGGACUCUCUUUAAUGCAGCUGGUCUGUCCAACCUGUGGCUUUCAAAAGACUAACGAGUCCGUCUUUCCCCUUUUUUUACCUAACUUACCUGCCAAAAACGGUGGAAAUAUCAUACGUUUUCUGUUUUUUUAGAAUACGAUGACUCCGAUAGCAUUCAAAAUUUAGGAUUCUAAUUAACUCGAGAUUAUCGUUAUUCAAGCCAUCCUCAAGAUUUUUAAUUAGUGUUUUGAACGUCAAAAGCUGCCGUGUUCCUUGUGGAUAUUAGAGUCGCUAAUCUGGAGGAUGAAUCAACGGAAAUUUGUGGGAAUUUUGGCGGAACACAUCUAGAAUUCUCUAUAAGCCUGAUUAGUGCUCUCUUAUGUAACUUUUUUUUGUCCAAAUCUAUAAAUGUUUUAUAAACCAUCGCGGUAGCAACCUUCUUCUUUGAUGCCUAAACUAAGGUUAAUUUGGGGUUGGAAUUUGAGUGUUUUGAACAGCAAAAUUUGACUGUUGAUGUUGGCAAUUGUAGGUCAGAAAUAGCUUGCAUAUUUUGUUUUUCAAUAAUGUUGUUUUCAUUAGCGAGCUUUUGGUACAACUUUGCACAAACUGAGGGAAGUACCCCCAAGUGCGACACUCAUAUUUUCUUCAAAGUUUGCAUACGCUUCGAGCAUAGAGAAACUGUCAAUUCCUCAACGCUUUAGCUUGCGCUUUAAAGGCACAGCCGAGAUAUUCAACGAUCUUUGCGGCCGAGAGAGUACGCUAAACGCGGAGAGUGGUCAGAGAGAAAACAAAACUUUUUGGCCAUAACUUUGCCAGUUUCUUGCGGAAAAACUUCUUUUUAGCCGAAACAUUACGGUAGAAGAGGCGUGCAACUUUUCGUGCCGAAGGUCGACAAGAAGUAUAAAAUUUUCGUCGGUUUUCGACCUAAAAAUCUCGGUGGUUUCUGCAAAACGCGAGAUAGGAUUGUCGUAUAUUUGUUUGAAAAAAUUAUUUUAAAUUCAUGUCAGGUUUCAUAAGAGUUCGAAGUUCGAAGCCCGGUGAUUUUUCCAUGGCAAAUUACACCGAUAAAGUCAUCCUUUUUGAGUUCUUACAACAUAUUGCUGCGCUUUGGCCUUUUGAUCCUCUCUUCCCUAUUUUUGUCGCUUGUACGCAACGCUGAGACCAAAAAAUAAGUCGUCAACUGCUAGAUUACACUUCUUCAUCCCUCUGACCCUUGGCCAAACCAUGGCCAAAAGUCAAAGGUUUCACCCCCUUCUCGAAUAAUCUGUUUGUUUCUGCGCUGCGGCCAUAUUUCGUGUUCCCACUUUUAAUAACCCUGUUUACUGCGGUUUGUAAAGUACAAGUGGAAUUUGCGGGAAAUACCAUGAGAUUACAUGGGAGAAAUGUUUGUCGAAUUUCGAAGGGGUGCUAGUGUUUUAGAAGGGGGACAGGGAAUCGUUUUACAGAGGGAGUACGCCGAUUUCGACGCUUACAUUUUGAUGAAAAAUGGGGCAAAUUUAGAAUAAUUUUUUCUAUGUAAGAAACAUGCUAGACUCCCAGCUCGCGCUUUGCAGAAACUGCCGGGAUUUUUAGGUCCAAAAUUAAAAAAAAUUGACACUUUUUUUCGAAUUUUGGCAUGAAAAGUUUCAUGUCCAUUUCUACCAUAGAGGAUAAUAUCUUCACAAAAAAUUAAUUUUUUCUGUGCGAAGAUGGCUAAGAUAUAGCCAAAAAAUAUCUCUCUCCUACCGCUCUCAGCGUUUGGCGUAGUCUCUCGACUGCCCCUGCAAAAUACAGGCAAACAUUUUUAAGAAUUGAUAUUUGCCUGUACUCAAACCGUGCGCAUAGUGAAAAAAUAAAAAAAAUCAUCAAAAAUUUGCUCACCUUCAUGUUAAAAAAUCUCAAUCUUUUCUGAAAAGUGGCAGUCACAGUUUUUGAAAACUUUCAUCGUCUCAUACAGUGGGAGGCCUGAUCCAGUGGCAAAAAACGUACCAUUUUGCAUCCGGGAAGUAUCAAAAAUGUGGCAAAAUGUUUCCCUCUCCAAGAGAAAAAACUUCAUUUUAAAGAACGCGCCCUUUUUCCUCAAAAAAAGAACAGCGGGCGCGCUUUUGAAAUCUGAGUUUUUUCACUUGGAGAGGGAGGUAUUUUGCUACAUGUUUUGAUGCUUCCUGGAUGCAAAAUGGCACGUUUUUUGCCACUGGAUCAGGUCUCCCACUGUAAUUUUAAAAAUAAUACUAGUCCUUCUGCAAAGUCGUCGGACUGAAAUCGGCAGCAUGCACAGUGCGAAAACAAAAUUUCACUUCGCACUGUGCAAUUUCGUGUUUUUUGGCCGGCCUGAUAAAACUCUAUUUUACGAUGAUUCAUAUCCCGGCAUAUCUUUUUUUUGUAGCUUUUUGUUGCCGUUUAUCUUUAACAUUUUCUCAACGACUCGCUUACUUACCACAACUUUACUUCCAGACCGAUGUAGAGCCGGAUUUGGAGCUGAUGAAGGAGCAGAUUUGUCUGCUCCAAACCCGCCUAAACGACUCGGAUUUGAGGGCCAGAAGAACGGCCAAGGAGCUGCUGGAGACUGCCGAAUUCAUCGAGCAACAAGAGGAGAUCGGAAACGCUGAGUUGUGCGCCAUUGCGGAUGAUUUGAGAGAGAUGGCGUUGAGUUUGAGGAGUGAUAUGCAAUCGGAAAUGGAGAGGAGACGGGCGAAUAGUAUUGUAAGUUGUGUUUUCAAUAGAAUUGGGGUUGGAACGCUGAAGCGGCACGUGUUAAAAAUGCAUACAAAACAACCACAAGGUCUUUCAAGAAACGUGAAGAAAAGUCGGGGAGUAUAGCUUCCGGCGGAGGCGGCGCAGUGACUUCGUUUCUGGAAUAUGUAUCUUUAUGCGACAUUGGUUUUCGUCUAUGAAAUAACAAGAUUUUAAAGUGCAAACUAAGGCCCAUAGGACCUUUUGAAGCAGGGCCCUUUUACCCCGAAAACCAGUGUUUUUUUUUAUUUACAAGGGAAGUACCCCAAGUGCGACGCUCAUAUUUUCUUUAAAUUUUGCACACACGUCGGGAAUAGAUUAAAUAUCAAUUCCUGAAAGUUUUAGCUCGCGCUUUGCAGGCGCCGCCGAGCAGGGGUGGUCGGCGGCCCGGCCCAAACGGGCCGGCCGGCCUCAAAAAUGGAAAUUGACAAACGGGCCGGGCCCGUCACGGGCCGGGCCGGGCCGCGGGCCUGGGGUUUUUUCCGGCCCGGCCCGUCUAAAAUACAAUGCCAAACCGUUGGCAUUCAUUGUUUUCGCGCCGGGAAAAUUAAUUGAUGUUGUUAUAGUUGCUGUUUCUCAAGUUCUAACACGUUUACAAGUCUAUAGUUCCAUUAUAGAACCACAAAACUAUCACAUUGAUCCUUUACUAGCUAGAUCAACGCCUUUUUUGCCUCAGUUUAGAUCCCGAGCCUGGGCGCAGUUCGCAGAACCCUCCAUAGACGGGCCUGCACGGGCCGGGCCGGGCCAGGCCCGUCACGGGCCGGGCCGGGCCGGGCCGCGGGCCGAAAAUCGGAAAAAUAGGGUCUGCUGACCACCCCUGCCGCCGAGAUAUCGGACGAUUUAUGCCGCCAAGAGAGCACGCUAAACGUGGAGAGCGGUCAGAGAGAAAACAGCUUUUUGGCCAUAACUUUGGCAGUUCCGUGCGGAAAAAUUUGAUUUUUUGUAGAAACAUUAUCCUUUACGGUUGAAAUAGGCAUGAAAUUUUUCGUGCCGAAAUUCGGCAAAAAGUCCUAAAUUUUCGCCGAUUUUCGAUCUAAAAAUCUCGGUUGUUUCUGCAAAGCGUGAGCUAGGAUUCCCGCAUAUAUCUUCGAAAAAAUUGUUCUAAAUUUGUACCAAGUUUCAUCAAAAUCUGAGCGUCGCACUUGGGGUACUUCCUCUGUCAGUUGCGACUGCAAUAUUUGAAGUUGAAUUUUUCAGAGCUGAUUUGUGGACUAGACAGAAGACCAAAUUUCGGGAAAAUCCGAGAAUUUUAUUUUUGAGCACCUCCCUUCGAAAGGAUAAAAUAAAAAUUUUUUUGAUGAUUAUUAUUAUUGGUUAUAUUUUAGGUCGCUUUUGCGUUCAAAGUUUACGAAAUAAAAUUUUUUUUUUCAGAGUCGCCGAAUGACAGCCGAGCACUUCCAGUUGGUCCAAAUGAAUCAAGAGGGCCAAGCGAACCAGGCCAAAUCAGUGGCCCCCAAAUCCGGAGAAAUGGUCGAAUUGCACUUUGGGAGGAAGAAAAAUUUCUAA